GCAGGCGGCGGGCGGGGGAGGCGCUGCGGGCUCUGUGCGCGUCGGCGGCCGCCGCGCUCGGUCCGCGCCGGGACGCGCUCGGUGCGGCCGCGGUUUCUGUGCAAUCCCCUGCUUCUGGUGCCCGAAUCCCUUCGUCUGGAGCAUCAGCAGCGUGUGGAGCCCGCCCCACACAGCCCGUCCCCGCCGAACCACGGCCUUUACCUGCGUGUUCCGCUGUUUCCCGUGCGACCCCUCCUGCGGGAGCGCCUCCUGGGCCACCCCCGACUUCAGCCAGCGCUCCGUGGCUCCAAUGGUGAAGAUGACGAGGUCCAAGACUUUCCAGGCGUAUCUGCCUUCCUGCCACAGGACCUACAGCUGCAUCCACUGCAGGGCCCACCUGGCCAACCACGAUGAGCUCAUCUCCAAGUCCUUCCAGGGCAGCCAAGGACGAGCUUACCUCUUCAACUCCGUAGUGAACGUGGGCUGUGGCCCUGCAGAGGAGCGGGUGUUGCUAACAGGCCUGCACGCCGUGGCAGAUAUUUACUGUGAAAACUGCAAAACCACGCUGGGCUGGAAAUAUGAACACGCUUUUGAAAGCAGCCAGAAGUAUAAAGAAGGCAAAUACAUCAUUGAACUAGCUCACAUGAUCAAGGACAACGGCUGGGACUGAGCCGAGCCAGCCCUGCAGUGCCAGAGAUGCCAUCCAGCCCAACAUUGUACCCAAGAGUGAGAGAGUGACUGAACGCUUGGUUCCAUGCAUUUAGAGGCUCUGCAACCCGGGAGCAUCUUCACACCCUUCUCCAUCUUUAUUGGUGACUGGCCUCUAAAUUUCUGUCUCUCUGUCUCUUUGCUUUGUCUCUGUUUGUGAGUUGACCCUGGCUGCUUCUCUCUCUGUUCUGUUGGCUCAGAGAAUGCACCGAAUGCCCGACAGCCAUUCCACGUGCCCAGAGCUCCACCCAGCCUGGCCUGGGCUCUCCUGGCACCUCCCAGCUGGUGCCAGCCCCGAGGUUGGGCAGGAGAAGGUGGGACAGGGGUGGGGAACCAUCAGAGGGUGAUGCUGUGCUGCUCCUUUCAGUCCUGGGUAAGCGAGGCUUGAAACCAUCUCCUUGUGUAAACGGACAGAGAAAUACCUGCUUGUGUAAAUGGGUAGAGAAAUAUCCACUUGUCUGAAUGGAUAGAGAAAUAUCCGAAUGGAUAGAGAAAUAUCCACUUGUCUGAAUGGAUAGAGAAAUAUCCACUUGUCCGAAUGGAUACAGAAAUAUCCACUUGUCUGAGAAGGACACAGGAAUAUCUCCUUGUGUGAAAGGACAGAAUUACCUCAUGGCUGUGUUUUCUCUCUGAAUCCAUCAGUGGAGGCUCUGGCUGAGCCCGAGGCAGAGCCAGUUCCCCCACAAUCUGUGUUUUGUUUGCUGUCUAUGAGCUCCUUGCUGCAGGGGAGGUUCCUGCCUCUCCUCCUCCUCGCUGGUUCUGGGUAGGGAGGCUGAAGGUCCCAGCUGAGCACGGCCAUAGGGAGCGUCCCCAAGGCUGGAGAAACCAAAGCCUGAGCUGUGAGCCCUUCAGAGAGGAGGAGAAAGCCACUCCAGGCACAAGGAGGCCGGAGCUGCAGCCUAGAGAACGUGGAGGGGUGAAAAAAGGCACGUGUGAGGCAAGGAGGGGGAAAUUCCAUAGAGGAGGAUGGGGACAAACAGUGGCAGAGGGUACCCCUGGAUUUCCUGGCCUCCCCUGAGCACCCUUGGUGGUGUUUCACCAAUCUUUGACAAGUGCAAGGAGGAAAAUGCUGUUACAGAACCUUUUCCUUGGAUGCCAGGCUCAGAAAAUGCACAGGAGUGGGGCGAGGAGGGAGCUGAGUGGGGGCAGUUGUGGUGCACAGGUGGGUAUUUCAUCCCUGAGGUAUCCUCCCCCCUUUCCCCACUCCCAGCAGCCCAGUGCAGGCACGGGGAGAGUGGGAAAGGAAAAAAGGAAAAAAAA